AUGGAUAAUUUUGAUAUUAAAUGGAAUAGUCCCCUUUGCCAAAAAUGUUGGGCAAAUAGAUGUGAUGUUAUCAAAUAUCCCGAAUACGAAAAAUAUUGUAAAAAAUGUAUACAUCGUCGUGUAGAAUUCAUCGUUGGAACUGAACGAAAAAAAAUAUCAACAAAUAUUAAUAUUCUAUUAAAAAAAUUCCCAAAUUCUUUAUUCUCCCAUUUGAUCGAGGAUGUAUUUCAAAACGAACGUGUAUUUGAAAUACCAAGAAAUUUUUACCAUCUUGAAGAAAUCGAACGUGUACUUCAAGGUCAAGAAUUACCAGAAAAUAUCAACAUAACUCUCAACAACGAAUUGUGGUAUUUCACAGGAGAAGAACAUAUCACUCCUUUUGAAUCUGAAAAUAUUUGCAAUUGUGGAAAUCUUAAACAAAAAAAAUAUCGUAAUUGUAAAACAUGCCAAGAAAAUUUAGUAAAAGAACGGGCAGCUUGGUGUUUUAAAUGUAACAAAAACAAAGUAAAUUGGGAUUGGAAGACAAAGAAAUAUUUUAAUAAUUGUCAGACUUGUGGGAAUAGAAAAUUAUGUAAUUUAUGUAAAAGAAAUAAACCAGAAUGGAAUCAUAAGAAAAAAAUAUAUUACGAAAUAUAUACUUCAUUUAUCAAUUGUCCAAAUUGUCGAUACGAGAUAUCAGAAGAUGAAAUCGAAAAUAUAGUUAAACAAAUUAAACUACAAAACGAACUUCGAAGAAAAAGAAAACAUAAUAUUACAAACGAAUUAAAUAAUUUGAAAAUAGAAGAUUUUGAUAAAGGACAAGAAGAUGAAAUUAAAACACUUCAAACCACUAUAAAACGAAGAAGAACUAGAUUAUUGAAUGAAUAUAAAAAAAAUUUAGCAAAACUGAACGAUGAUGAAAAAAAACAAAUUGAAAUAAUAAAUAAAAAAUAUAUUCAAAAAAAAGCAGAUAUAGAUGAAAGAAUCAAGAAAAGAGAACACGAAUUACAAUCAGAAGAUAAUUUUGAAGAUGUGAUUGAAGAAGAAAUUACUGCCAAAAGACAAAGAAGAAAUACUGAAAAUAUUGUAAUACUCGAUGAAGAAAUUAGAAAUAAC